AACAGGGAGGAUAAAUCCGCCUUCGAAUAAGCUGACCAAUGGCGAAACAGUUUGGUCAGGUGUAGGCUACUACGAGCACAAAGAGCGCGUGAAGAUGCUUUUCUACUCAUUCUUCAAGUCCCUGGUGGGCAAAGACGUGGUGGUGGAAUUAAAAAAUGACUUGAGCAUAUGUGGAACACUACAUUCUGUCGAUCAGUAUCUGAACAUCAAACUCACAGACAUCAGUGUCACUGACCCUGAGAAGUAUCCCCACAUGUUGUCGGUGAAAAACUGCUUCAUUCGCGGUUCAGUGGUGCGGUACGUUCAGCUUCCUGCUGAUGAAGUGGACACCCAGCUCCUACAGGACGCAGCACGAAAAGAGGCCAUGCAACAGAAACAAUGAUCUACUUUCAUUUUGCUUUUUGAUGAGCUUAUUGUAAAAUAAUGUAACAUCAGUGGUUUUAAAGUGCAAACUUGUAUAGUUUUUGUGACCCCCAUGUGUGGAGUUUGGUUUGAAUGUCUGUCCUCAGAUAGGAGUGACAUGGUUAAACUAGACAAUGGGUAAGUCUUAUUUUAACGACCUGUUAGAGUUUCCUGGGUUAUUUUGCUCUCAUUCAUUUGUAGUACGUUAGCUCUGGUCAAAUACACAAAUACAUCAUCCAUGUGACCUACCAUGCGUAGCUGUUUCUUAAUUUUGAAAGCACCAUUGCGGACAAACAUAUUUUGCCUUUAAAACAGGGAAUUUCUGUUUCACUUUAGUUUUCUUUUUUUAGAAUGGAAAAAAAACAGGAAUUUAACCUGGGUGAGUGAUCAAACAGUAAAUUGUCACACUUAUGUUGAAAUAAAAUAUUAAUACUAA